AUGGACCAACUGCACUAUGUGACAGAGCUAACUGAUCUUAUCAAAUCAAAGUCAUUACCUGAGCAGGAUGGGGUAGAUGACUCAGCUAACUUCGUAGGCUUCUUUCCAACAUUUGUGUGGGCGCUGAGAGAUUUCUCCCUGGAGCUGGAAGCUAAUGGAAAACCCAUCACUGCUGAUGAAUACCUGGAACGUUCACUGACCCUGAAAAAAGGAUCUGAUAUGAAAAUUAAAAGUUUUAAUGAGCCUCGGCUAUGCAUCAGGAAGUUCUUCCCAAAGAGGAGGUGCUUUGUCUUUGACAGGCCUGCUCAGAGGAAGUAUCUUUCCAAACUAGAGACACUUAGAGAGGAAGACCUGAGUGAUGAAUUUGUGGAACAAGUUGCAGAAUUCACCUCAUACAUCUUCAGCUCUUCUGAUGUCAAGACUCUGUCUGGUGGCAUCAUAGUCAAUGGGCCACGUUUACAGAGUCUGGUGCUGACCUAUGUCAAUGCCAUCAGAAGUGGAGAACUACCCUGCAUGGAGAAUGCUGUCCUGACUUUGGCCCAGAUAGAGAACUCAGCUGCAGUGCAAAAGGCCAUUGAGCACUAUGAAGAACAGAUGAACCAGAAGGUCCAGCUGCCCACGGAAACUCUCAAAGAGCUGCUAGACCUGCACAGGCCCAUUGAGAGAGAGGCCAUUGAGGUCUUCAUGAAGAAUUCUUUCAAGGAUAUAGACCAAAAGUUCCAGAGGGAAUUAGGGGACCAGCUGGUAGCAAAGCGAGAUGCCUUUGUUAAGAAAAACAUGGACGUGUCAUCAGCUCGUUGCUCAGAUUUGCUGGAAGAUAUUUUUGGACCUCUGGAAGAAGAAGUGAAGCAGGGGACAUUUUCUAAACCGGGAGGUUACCACCUCUUUCUUCAAAAGAAACAAGAGCUAGAGAAAAAGUACAAUCAGGCUCCUGGAAAGGGGCUCCAGGCAGAAGAGAUGCUGAAAAAAUACUUUGAGUCCAAGGAGGAUGUGGCUGAAACACUUCUAAGAACAGAUAAGUCACUCACAGAAGCAGCAAAGGAGAUUGAAGUGGAACGGAUAAAGGCUGAAACUGCUGAAGCUGCCAACAGAGAGUUAGAAAAUAAACAAAAGAAGUUUGAGCUGUUGAUGGAACAGAAGGAAAAGAGUUACCAGGAGCACGUGAAACAGCUGACUGAGAAGAUGCAGAAGGAACGGGAGCAGUUAAUAGCAGAGCACAAUAAAAUAAUAUCUCACAAACUUCAGGAGCAGGAACGGCUUCUCAAAGAAGGAUUCCAGAAUGAGAGCAGGAAACUUCAUCAAGAGAUCGAGAGCAUCAAGAGGAGGCGCCCAUCUCAGAAAUGCACCAUACUCUGAAAGUCUGGGUCCAUACCUCUCAGCCCAGCUACCUUUCAUCAAGGAAUAUGUUGUCAAGAACCUGCAGGGUUUGAAACAUCUCUUAUUAAACUUAUAAUUCACUUCACCUGUAACUCUAGUCUGUGGUCACUGUAUGACCACUGGGCAGUGUCAGAAGAAGUUCCCCUCUGUGCAAAAUGCAUAUAUGAGCAGAGGAUCUGCCUUCCAUGUUUUAGAGGUCCUCUUGACCUGCACCAUGCCCAAGAUAUAUGUGUUUCUCUUUUAUAAUCUUAACUUUUCCUCUUUUCUACUGUAUAGCGUCUACAAUCACAGAGCAGGCAACUCUUAAUUAACUCUCAAAAUCCUUUUCAUUUCUCUGAGGACUCUGAUUUCUUUCUUUUUUUUAAACUACUCUUCCUUCAAAAACUAAACCCCACCUCCAUUUUCCCUUUUAUUUCCCCACUGUGACAUCCUAUCUUGAAGUUUCUCAGGAUAAAUGUCUUGUACAAGUUAAUAAAAAGUAUUAGCCCACUGUAA